AUGGGUAUUUGGAAACUUAACACUGUCCACCUCGAACACAACCAUGAGCCAAGUCCUACUAAGUCGAAGUUAUAUCGGUGCAAUCGAGUGUUGAGUGCCCAUGUGAAACGGAAGUUUGAAGUGAAUGACAUAGCAGGAAUACCGUUGUAUAAAAGUUUUAACUCUGCAGUUGUUGAAUCGGGUAGUUAUGAGAAUAUGACACUUGCUGAGGGUGAUGCAGCUGCAAUACAGUCUUACUUUUCUGAAAUGCAAGCACAGUGCUCGAAAAUUUUCUUUAGUAUUGACUUGGAUGAUGAUUCAUGGUUGAAGAAUGUCUUCUGGGCAAACAACCGGUGUAGGCAAGCAUAUGAAGAGUUUAGGGAUGUAGUCACGUUCGAUACAACUUAUCUUACGAAUAAGUAUGACAUGCCCUUCGCCCUGUUUGUUGGCGUUAAUCACCAUGGGCAAUCGACGUUGUUGGGUUGCGGUUUGGUAUCGAAUGAGGAUGCUAAUAUCUUUGUCUGGUUGUUUAGGGCAUAG